AUGGGCAUAACUGUCAGGUCUGGGGAAAGGGGAGAAGAGGGUGGUGGUGUAGAGAUUGUACAGGAAGGCCUGGACACAGGAGAGCAAAGCCAGAGACCAACCAGCCUGACGAGGAGAGGCCUCCAGUGUAGACACCCACUGACUGUCAGGGCUGCGUGACACCCUUGGCUUCAAGCAUGAUUCCCUGGUGGAGGGCCACUCGACUGGUGGCCCGGGGACGAAAUCUAGCAACGGCAGCUACUAGUGGGCACCACGGUGAUGCAUCAAGUGGAGCCCGGACAUGGAAGAUCCUGACCUUUGUUGUGGCCCUUCCCAGCGUGGCUGUCUGCAUGCUGAAUGUCUGGCUGACACAGGCAAACCACCCGCACAAACCACCUGAGUUUGUCCCCUACCAUCACCUGCGCGUGCGCACAAAGCCUUUCCCCUGGGGUGAUGGAAAUCAUAGCCUCUUCCACAACCCUCACACCAACCCACUGCCCACAGGUUAUGAAGAAACAGGCAGCCACCACUGAAUCAUUGCUAUGCUCUCUCUCUACUUUAAGACAGGUUUCCCUACACCCAGGGAUAAUAAAAACGCUUUUUGAUGAUGGA